AUGGCAGAAUCGUUGUCGGAAGCUGGAAAGGCUCUGAGUGCUAAUGUGGCGUGGAACCCUCUUAGCGGUGACUUUUCGAUCAACAUCGCCACUGACAAUGUACAAGUCGCACGAGACGUAGUACGAGACGUGUGCAAAACUGUAAGGGAAGUAGCACGAGACGUGUGCAUCACUGCAGUCUCCCUGGGUGCUCUCUACCUUGGUUAUAAUUUAGUAAGACCACUAAUCAAGACUGCAGUUAAAAGAGGUCUUGGUGGUGAACGAGAUGACCAAGAAGUUCGAGGUAUCCGACCAGGAUCUUUGCAUGUUCUAUUACAUUGUUUUACAGACGAGAGAUUUCUGGAAGUCUUAGCAGAUUAUGAAUCUGGAAGAAUGAAAGAACGCUUGCAGGAAGAAUUUUCACAGAUUGGAAUUAAAAUAGAAGGAUUGAAGGUGGAGAUUGAAAACAUGGUAGAGGUGAACGAAACGAAGGAAGCCAUAAACAAGAG